UAAAUUAUUAACUGUAAAUAUUAAAAAAAUGGAGAAGACCAGCACUGCAGGAGCCAAUCGAAGCAAGCGGGCACCGAACUUCUCGGAUUCGGAACGCAUCUUGCUGAUGGAUCUUUUAAACGAUCCCGCUCGACCGUUUAAAAGCGUCAUCGAGUGCAAGAAGACCGACGCUGUGUCUUGUAAACAAAAAGAUGCAGCGUGGCAAGAUGUGGCGCAGCAUUUCAACGCCUGUACCAGCAGCGCUGCGCGGGAUCCUUCCCACCUUAUGACGGCGUGGCGAAAUCUAAAAACCCGCGGAAAGAAAUAUUCCGCCGCACGUCGUCGGGAAACCUUCCGUACCGGAGGUGGUCCGCCGCCCAAGGAAGAUGAUCUGAGCGCCAGGUUUUGUGCAACUUUUCCAUCUCAGUUGCAUCCCCUGGAAAAUUGCUUCGAUUCGGAUUCUACAUUGAAUCAGGAUCAGUUGCGUGUCGGUAUGCAUGAACAUAAUGGCUAAAAUAUUUAAAAAGGUUUCAA